UUCUGGAUUUGCAGAAGGCAUCUCAAAAUGUUGUGUCGAGCUGCUCUGAGCCCGCUUGUCCGUUCCUCUGGAUGGUGCUUUGUGUUAUCGCCACAUGCCAUCGCAGCCAUCUCUCGUUUAUAUCUUCCUCACCAUAGCCAAAGAUUAAGGAAUGAAUCCAUCCGUUGUUGGAGCAACAUCCCGUUUAUCACCAUGCCACUCAGCCGUGCCCAUGGAAAAUCGUUUGCGCACCGCAGUGAGCUGAAGCAUGCAAAGCGGAUUGUGGUGAAGCUGGGCAGUGCUGUUGUGACUCGUGGGGAUGAGUGUGGCUUGGCCCUCGGGAGGCUGGCGUCUAUUGUAGAGCAGGUGUCAAUGCUGCAAAAUCAGGGCCGAGAGAUGAUGAUUGUCACCAGUGGUGCCGUAGCUUUUGGAAAGCAGCGGUUGCGUCACGAGAUCUUGCUUUCUCAGAGUGUGAGGCAAGCGCUUCAUUCAGGCCAGAGUCAGCUAAAAGAUAUGGCUAUUCCAGUCCUGGAGGCCCGAGCCUGUGCAGCAGCUGGCCAGAGCGGGCUAAUGGCUCUGUAUGAGGCCAUGUUUACGCAGUACAGCAUCUGUGCAGCUCAGAUUUUAGUCACCAACCUGGAUUUCCAUGAUGAACAGAAACGUCGGAACUUAAAUGGAACAUUGCAUGAGCUUUUAAGAAUGAAUAUUGUCCCUAUAAUUAACACUAAUGAUGCUGUUGUUCCACCUCCAGAGCCGAACAGUGAUCUGCAGGGGGUAAAUGUAAUUAGUGUGAAGGAUAACGACAGUCUGGCAGCACGAUUGGCUGUGGAAAUGAAAACUGAUCUCCUGAUUGUUCUCUCAGACGUAGAAGGACUCUUUGACAGCCCUCCAGGAUCUGACGAUGCAAAGCUCAUUGACAUAUUCUACCCAGGAGACCAGCAGUCUGUAACAUUUGGAACAAAAUCCCGGGUGGGAAUGGGAGGCAUGGAAGCCAAG